CAACUUUCAUUUUCGAUAAAGCCUAAAAAUAACUGUAGCCAGGUUUGUUUUUAAAGAACAGCGACCAUGUGUGUACCAUUGUUUUUAUUGAGUGCUUUGCUUGCUUGUCCAUUAAUAGUCUCAGCUUUUAACAAAACAGUUGGAUUCAAGAAAGAAGACUGUGAUGAAUACAGGCUUUCAAUGUACAAUGCAGGAGAUGUCUAUAAUAUAAUCUGGGAUGGAGAGGAGUAUCCCAAAUUUUGUAGUUUGAAAUUUAAAAUGGUCAGUGCAGACAGUUAUGAGUUAUGUGCUAAGGUCACUGAGUUUCGUUUGGAAUGUCCUGAUUUUAAACUCAAGUUCUAUUGGGGAGUCAGCAUGAAUCUAAAGAUUUAUGACUGUUAUUCCUCCUUACCAAUUAAAUACUGUAAUGAAGACUUACUGUUCAUGUCACUAGAGCCAGACUAUUACAAUAUCAAACGCUCUAAUUCUAAACUUAGAAUAACAGUUACAGCAAAUCUAUUAUCAAAAUACGGGGAUGAAGAUUCACCUAAUGGUGGAGUGAUAGCUGGUGUUAUCGGAAGUAUAUUCAUUGUUUGUCUGGUAUGUUUUGUAUGUAUCCUUGUAAUCAAGCGUAAAGCUGCAUCCGAGUCUAUAAUGCAGGGAACCAGACAACAAGACAAUAAUGAUGUCAAUACAAUGCCACAGUUCCAUGGAAAUGAAUGGCAUCAGCAAAACCCAGAGCAAAGAAAUUUAAUGCAGCAUACUGGAAUUAGAGAUGCCAAUAGUGUCACAAAUAAUCAGUACUAUCAAGGUCCUGAAUCAUAUUCAGGCGCUCGUCCGACUACUCUUAGCGCAGUAGAACCAUCAGCACCUCCAAUAGGGUCAGAUAUAUCUGCACCACCACCUACAUAUGACAGUGUAAUCAGUAAAGGCAUGGAAUAUGAAAAAUCUUAAACUGAAAUGACUACAACAUUCACCUUGCUCCCAGGGAAAUUUUUAACCCUUAUCAUCAGUCGUUAGACAUGUGCUGAUAUUCAAGUUUCCAUCUUCUCCUUGAAAACCAUCAGACCAAAUUAUACUAAUGCACAGAAUGAUUUAAUAUCUGGUAAGGAGCAUGACAGUGAUGAGUUGUAAUGUGUGCACAAUUUUUGGAUCUGUGGGACGGACAUCUACUACCUGUUUUCUGAUACUUUCAAAUGUUAAAUGAAAACAAAUAUUUUUUUUUAAAGAAAAAUACAAUUAUAAUACCAGGUUAUACAUGUUAUAGAACAGACGAUUCGGCAAUUCUUUUCACCUUCUCAGCUUGUUUAGAGAAACAGGGCAAAAGUUACUGGAAAUUUAACUCUCAGUUACUUAGAGAUGCAGAUUAUAUACAAAGGGUUAAAUCUUGCAUUAAGGAUACUACUUUGGAAUAUCAUCUGUCAGGCGACAUGAAAGAUCUUCUUUCUGUGGAGCUGUCAUGCGAUGAUCAAGCAUUUUUUGAAAUAUUGAAAAUGAAGAUUAGAUCUUUGUCCAUAAAUUACAGCAUAAAUAAAUCCAGGGAGUACAAAAACGUUACUCUCAAACUUGAAAAUGAUAUUGUAAAUUUAGGAAGUAUCAUGAAUCAUUCUCCAAAAAUAAAAAAAAAUUUGAAUUAGAAAAUUAACAAUAAGAGAAAGUUGAAGGCUUGCUGCUUAGAUCCAGUGCUAAUUGGCAUGAGAAUGGUGAAAAGUGCUCAAAUUAUUUUUGUAAAUUAGAAAAGAAAAAUUACAUAAAGAAAACCAUAACAGAUCUAAUAGAUGAAAAAGGUCAACAUAUUUCAGAGCAAUCCAAAAUUCUGAUGGAACAACAAAAUUUAAAAAAAAAUUUCUACUCAAGCAAAAAAUUAGAUUACAAUGAUACAUCAUUCUUUAAUCAUAAAAUUAAGCUUACAGAAGAACAAAGUGACUUUUGUGAAGGAAAUUUAACCUUUAAAGAAUGUGCUAAUUCAUUAAAAUUUAUGACAAAUGGUAAAAGUCCAGGUUCUGAUGGGUACACUGUAGAUUUUUAUAAAUUUUUUUGGAAAGAUUUUGGCCCUUUUGUCUUUCAGUCUCUUCACUUUGGAUAUGAGGGUGGAGAAUUUUCUGAUUUUCAAUAUCAAAGUGACACUCCCCAAGCCCUUAAAGGACAGCGGGCCCGCGAUGUAUAAUUUUUUACCGUGGUGGUAUCGGUCUUACCGCGAUGUAUAAUUUUUUUACCGUGGUGCUAAAAUUUUCAGUAAAAAAAAUCGUAAAUUGGUAAAGUUUUAAGCGAUUUAUUAAUUCUUUUCUGUCACAUGACCCAGUUAGUUAAUGUAGAAUAUGUUUAUUUGCAAUUAAUUGCAAUCUAUUCUAUUUAAUAAAUAAAAUUUAUGACUGUACCUUCAAACUGGAUAUCUAUAUCCACAAUUAAUGAAUAACAGAAGUAAUCUUGCAAAUUUUAUCCAUAAGCUCAUGUUAAAUCUAUUUAUAUCUACUUCCUGUCAUUUAGGCGGGAAAAAUAGGGAGACUUUGUUGUUGACAUUAAAUAUGGUUACUUAUAGACUUAAGAUAAAUUUAUAGAUUUAGAAAUUCUUUUUAAAUGGAUCAUGACAAAUAAAGAUUUAGAUUUCAGUGCAGUAUUAAGUCUGUAUCAAUUUUUGAUUAUCACCAAAGACAAGAAAGGUUAAUAUCUACAUGAUAUCUAUGGCAAAAUGUUUUUAAAUUUAUGAAAAAUUUCUUUUUUUUUUAAAAUUUAAGAUAGAAACUGAUUCAAACAAUAAAUCAAUAUUUGUUCUUGUUAUUUUAUAUCUCCUUAUGACAAGAAUCCUUUCACAUACAACAACUUGCUUUCUAGAAACUAUAAAGUUUUUUUUAAAUUGAACAUUUUUGGUCUUCUUUGAAUGAUAUGUUAUUUUUAUUGAUCAUGGAUUUUAUAAAAGAUUUGAUUACUUUAAAUUUAGAUGAAUAUUUUGUAAUGAAUCAUGUUUUAUUUAUUUAAAAAAAAUAUUAAAGUAUACAAACUGUU